UGCACGUUGGACGGCGAGGGGUGCUCGAGCAGAGCGAGUUUAAUGACAAUAAAACGGAGGCGAAAACGCAGGAUACCGCAACGUUAAACAAUCGCAAUCCAUUCAUAUGGAGGUGGCCGUCAACCCGUCUCUUGACAGCACUCUGCGAGUGGGGCUGUCUGUCAUGAGUGGGAUGGAACAAAGUUCCGGCAAGCGAAUUCGGAAACCCUCGCUGCUGUACGAGGGCUUUGAGAGUCCGUCUCUGCCCUACGUGCCUCCGCCCGGCCCUCCUCCACCCCAACAGGCCCAGGUCAAGGACCUCAGUCGACAGGGGCGAGCGACCAACCAGCUGCAGUUCCUCCACAAGGUGUUGGUGAAGGCGUUGUGGCGGCAUUAUUUCGCUUGGCCUUUCCAUGAACCGGUGGACGCGGUCCGACUCAACUUACCUGACUACCAUAAGAUCAUAAAACAGCCGAUGGACUUGGGCACCAUCAAGAAACGACUGGAGAAUAACUAUUACCGCAGCGCAAGUGAAUGCUUGCAGGACUUCAACACAAUGUUCACCAACUGUUACAUCUACAACAAGCCUACAGAUGAUAUAGUGCUGAUGGCACAAUCUCUGGAGAAGGUCUUCUUACAGAAAGUUGCCCAAAUGCCCCAAGACGAGAUUGAGUUGCUCCCUCCGGCUCCGAGGGGCAGAGGAGCCAAGACUGUCAAAGGACGCAGAGGGAGAGGUGGAGGAAGUUUUAUAAGUGAUCACCAGGUGCCUGCAGUAUCCCAGUCGGCUUAUUCUCCUUCAUCUCCUGAUACACCAGAUUCUCGGUUCUCCACCCCUCCACUGACCCUGCUGAACAACAGUGUUCCCCCUCCAUCACUGAUCAACACACAUCCCACUCAACCCACUGCAAAGAAGAAGGGCGUAAAGCGUAAAGCCGACACCACCACUCCCACUACGCUUGGCUUCUCUGCUCCCGUCCGUAUGGGAGGUAUGGGAAAAGGUCACGGUUCAGGCGGAGAGAUGCCCUUCUCACUAUCUUCCAUGCCUGUAGACUGCACUCCCAGCAUAGGCGUGGUCAGGGGUGUGAACGAGCCCUCCCACCUGCAGCCCGUCUUGGGGCGACCGCUGUCUCGACGGCCAAUCAAACCACCAUGCAAGGAUCUGCCCGACUCAGUGCGACCCCAUCAGCCCUCGCGACGCGGGAAACUGAGCAAGCAGUUGCGAUACUGCAGCGGCGUCCUUAAAGAGCUGCUGUCCAAAAAACAUGCAGGGUACGCAUGGCCAUUUUACAAACCAGUGGAUGCAUCAGUGCUGGGUCUCCAUGACUACCAUGACAUCAUAAAACACCCCAUGGACCUCAGCACUAUCAAGAGGAAGAUGGAUGAGCGCGAGUACAGAGAUGCUCAACAGUUCAGUGCGGAUGUCAGACUCAUGUUCUCCAAUUGCUACAAGUACAACCCACCAGAUCAUGAUGUCGUCACCAUGGCACGCAAACUACAGGAUGUGUUUGAGUUCCGCUUCGCAAAGAUGCCCGACGAGGUUUCGGAGGAGGAAUUAUCUCCCAUGCCACUGGGGCGAAACAUGGGCAUGCACCACUCCUCUUCCUCAUCAUCAUCUUCCUCUUCUUCAUCCUCAUCUUCCUCCUCAUCAGAGAGUGAACCGAGCAGCGACAGUGAGCCCAGCAGCGACAGCUGCCCGAGUUCUGACAGCGAGGAGGAGCGAGCACAACGCCUGGCCCAACUGCAGGACCAGGUGUGUACUCAGCUUCGAGCGGUGCACGAGCAGCUGGCUGCUCUCUCCUCCGGCCCCAUCGUCAAACCCAAGAGGAAACGAGAGAAAAAGAAGGACAAAAGAAAGAAAAAGAAGCUGGAGAAGCACAGAGGAAGCAGAGGUUUGAUGAGUGAUGAGCGCGAAAAACCUGCCAAGAUGUCUAAGAGCAAAUCGAGCCGAGCGUCAAUCUCAUCCGCACAGAGCAAGAAGGGGCCUGCUAAAAAAAGCAACAAAAGCAAAAAUGCAAAGAAAUCAUCCUCGUCAUCUCAUUUUGCGGCAGCCGCUGUCUCCAUCCCUCACUACGACUCUGAGGAGGAAGAGGAUGGUCUUCCCAUGAGUUACGAUGACAAACGACAGCUCAGUCUGGAUAUCAACAAGCUGCCCGGGGAGAAACUCGGCCGUGUGGUGCACAUCAUUCAGUCGCGUGAGCCCUCCCUGCGUGACACCAACCCAGAGGAGAUCGAAAUCGACUUUGAGACGCUCAAACCAUCCACACUGCGUGAAUUAGAACGAUAUGUAAUGACCUGUCUGCGCAAGAAGCCCCGCAAACCUUACGUUGUGAAGAAGGGAGGAAGUGGGAAGAGCCAAGAAGAACUGGCUCUGGAGAAGAAGAGAGAGCUGGAGAGAAGACUACAGGAUGUGAGCGGACAGCUGAACUCUUCCAAGAAACCACAGAAACCCAAAGUGGAGAAACCCAGCAGCGUAGAACCGCACACCAUGUCAUCUCGUCUCAGCGCCAGCAGCUCCAGUUCAGACUCCUCCUCUUCAUCCUCGUCCUCCUCUUCUUCAGACACCAGUGACUCUGACUCGAGGUGAAGAGAU